AUGGAAAGUGACCUGACGAAACGUCGACCUUCUUUAGUUCCUGAUAGUUUUCCUUGUUUCCCACCUGGAUGGACACCAACAAUACCUGCUGUAGAAGAAAAUGAUAUUGAUGAUGAAAAUAAUUAUUCACGUCGGGUACUUCCCUAUCUACCAACAAUAACUAGUUAUGAUACAAAACCACAUAUGACAAUAAAAAAAUUUCAAUUAAAUAAUCAUUCAUCAUCAAUGGCACAUACAUAUGGUAUAUGUGUAUUAAAUACUGAAGCUGAAGAAAUUAUAGCUUGUGAUCAUUAUAAUAAUCGUUUACUUAUGUUUGAUUCAACAACAGAUGGACGUUUAUUAGAAAGUUUUCGUGGUGAUAUUGCAACACCUGAAUGUGUUACAACACGACCAAAUCAUCCUCAACAAAUCUAUAUUACAAAAGCACAUUCAAUAUCUUUGUAUGAUUUAGAAAAAAAACAAUUUAUACAAAAACUAGGAAUUGAAGAAAGUGGUCAUGCUAAUAAUCGUUUUAAUUUACCAGGUGGUAUUGUUGUUGAUCCUGAAAAUGGAGAAAUUUAUAUGUGUGAUACAUGGAAUCAUCGAAUUUGUGUUUUUUCACCGGAUUUUCGUUAUGUUAAUCGUCGAUGGUAUUUAACACGAUGGGAACAACCACAACAUAAAAUUAAACCAAAUUCUAUUGCAAUUAAUGCAAAUAAUCAAUGUGUUGUUACAUGUGAUGAUGCACCGAAUUAUCGUGGUGCUGUUUAUGUUUUUGAUAAAAUGGGUUAUAUUAAAAAAAUUUAUGAUCAAGAACCACAUAAAAAACCUCCAAAUGUUCAAACAAAAUUAAAUGUUCCACAUGGAAUAUUACUUGAUGAUGAAGGAAAUUGGUUAACAUUAUGUUAUUCAGAUUCGGAAUCAUGUUGGGUUGAACGACGAUGUAAACAACAACAACCGGAACAUGAAAUGAUAACUUAUGCACAAAAUAAACAAUUAAAAGGUCCUAGUGCAUUAGCAAUAAAACGUGAUCAAACAUUAAUUGUUGGUGAUCGAGAUGAUAGUUCGAUUUAUUUCUUUAAACAAAUUACAAAAUCAUAA